GUAUAUAUACUUAUUAAUUAGUAUACACAAAGUUAAAGAGCACCAAGAAUAUGGGUCGUUAUAUCUUUUACCUUCAUCUUCUUGUUUUAUCUUUUCUUCUUUCUACUUUCUUUCUGACUGCUGCACAAGCCACCAAAAAGUGCUACAUUGUGUACUUGGGAGCACAUUCUCAUGGUCCAAACCCUUCGUCUUAUGACCUUGAAUCCGCUACAAAUUCUCAUCAUGAUUUACUAACUUCAACCUUGGGAAGCCAUGAGAAGGCCAAAGAAGCAAUUAUUUAUUCAUAUAAUAAACACAUAAAUGGCUUUGCUGCACUACUUGAAGAGGAAGAAGCAGCACAAAUUGCAAAAAACCCAAAUGUUGUGUCAGUGUUCUUGAGCAAAGAGUAUAAACCACACACUACACGUUCAUGGGAGUUUCUUGGACUGCACAGGAGGAAUGGUAUGAACACAGCAUGGCAGAAAGGGAGAUAUGGUGAAAAUACAAUCAUAGCUAACAUUGAUACAGGUGUUUGGCCUGAAUCUAAGAGUUUUAGUGACAAAGGAAUAGGCCCUGUUCCAACAAAAUGGCGUGGCGGUAAUGUGUGUGAAAUUAGCAAAGUUCGUAGUUCAAAAAAAACUCCAUGCAACAGGAAACUAAUCGGAGCAAGAUACUUCAGCAAAGGCUACGAGGCAAGCAUAGGCAAAAUUGCGCCAUCACAGCACACGGCACGUGACUUCGAAGGCCAUGGCACCCACACUCUAUCAACCGCCGGAGGCAACUUCGUACCCGGCGCAAGCGUUUUCGGCAACGGCAACGGCACCGCAAAGGGUGGAUCACCAAGAGCCAGGGUUGCAGCCUACAAGGUGUGCUGGUCAACGAUAGACGAGACAAGCUGCCAUGGCGCAGACGUGUUGUCCGCCAUUGACCAAGCCAUCAGCGACGGCGUUGACGUCAUCUCCAUUUCGGCUGGUGGCAGAACAGAGGUAAACCCUAAUGAGAUAUUCACCGAUGAGGUGUCCAUAGGAGCGUUCCAUGCGCUUUCAAGAAACGUUGUUGUUGUUGCUUCAGCCGGUAAUGAAGGACCCACACCUUCAAGUGUUGUCAACGUGGCUCCAUGGGUGUUCACGGUUGCUGCUAGCACCAUUGAUAGGGACUUCAGCAGUAACGUAACUCUUGGUAACAAUCAACAAGUCACGGGAGCCAGUCUUUUCGUAAAUUUACCAUCCAGUCAAUCCUUUCCUCUCAUCCUUGCAUCUGAUGCUAGAUUUGCUAAUGCCACAAUUCAAAACGCUCAACUUUGUAUGCCUGGAACACUUGAUCCAGCAAAAGCAAGGGGCAAAAUAGUCAUGUGCCUUCGAGGUGGGAAAAUAAGGUCGGUUGCUGAAGGCCAAGAAGCUUUAUCUGCAGGUGCAGUUGGAGUGGUUAUGGAAAACGAUGCUCAAAGUGGAAACACAGUUCUAGCUGAGCCUCAUGUUUUGUCCACUACAAAUGUCCCCAAAAAUAAUCAGGACAAAAAUGUUCAUGAUUAUUACAACAGUACCACGAGCCCUACUAUUAACAUGUCUGCAGCAAGAACAUUGCUUGGAACAAAGCCAGCUCCAGUUAUGGCCUCAUUCUCAUCUAGAGGUCCAAAUCCAAUUCAACCGUCAAUACUCAAGCCUGAUAUAACUGCACCAGGGGUGAACAUACUAGCUUCAUAUUCCUUAGCAGCAAGUGCAUCUAACUUGCCAUCAGACACACGCCGUGGGUUCCGGUUCAAUGUGCUACAAGGAACUUCCAUGUCAUGCCCUCAUAUCUCUGGUGUUGCUGGUCUUCUCAAAACUCGUCAUCCAAAUUGGUCUCCAGCAGCUAUUAAAUCCGCAAUCAUGACCACAGCAACUACUCAAGAUAACACCAAUGGAGCUAUACAAGAUGCAUUUGAUAAUACAUUAGCCACACCUUUUGCUUAUGGUUCAGGGCAUGUUCAACCAGACUUAGCCAUGGACCCUGGACUUGUUUAUGACAUUACCAUUCUUGAUUACUUGAGCUUCUUAUGUGCUUCUGGAUACAGACAAAACCUCAUUGCAUCACUCAAUUCCAACAAGAACUUCAUAUGCUCUGGAUCUCACAGAGUAACAGACUUAAAUUACCCUUCAAUCACAUUACCAAAUCUCGGAUCUGACGCAGAGAAUGUUACUCGCACGGUUACUAAUGUUGGACCUCCAGGAACAUAUGUUGCAAAUGCAAAGUUGCCUGGAUUUAACAUUGUUGUGGUGCCGAGUUCCUUAAAGUUCAAGAGAGUUGGUGAGAAGAAGAGGUUCCAGGUAAUUGUGAAGGCAAGAAGUGUGAGUCAGAAUGGGAAUUAUCAAUUUGGAGAGUUGAAAUGGACAAAUGGGAACCACAUUGUUAGAAGUCCAAUUGUUGUGAGGCGCACAUCAUGAGAAGUAUAUACUAAUUAAUAUUAAUACAUUAAUAUAUGGCUAUGUAUGACCCAUGACAUGUUAUGAGAUGU